AUGGGAUCAAGCGAUAUACCGCCCUCCACAGCCCCUACUUGGCUCAUCCCAGCAUCCACCGCCCUUCUAGGCGGAGGCGUUCUAUUCUGGCUCAUAUGCUACUUCCUCAUGGCUCGACGGUCUCUCAGCACCGGAGACACACCCAUUCCCCUCCUGGCACUGGGCAUCAACCUCUCCUGGGAGGUAGUGUAUGCCUUGUACGUGACAGAGGAAUGGCUCGAGUUUAUCGGGUUCGCAAUGUGGCUCGCCCUCGACAUCCCCGUGCUGUACGCCACCCUCAAGAAUGGGCAGAGGUCGAAUUGCACAUCUCCGCUGAUUGCCCGGAACGUACCUGUGCUUCUGGGUCUGGUAUUUGCUUUUGGACUCGCCGCCAAUGGAUUAUUUGCAUGGUGGUGGCUGAAGGAGCCUCAUCGCGGGUACGGUCUGAAAUGGGGCAAGACGUGGAAGGGCCUCGAAGCCAGAGAUACGACUGAGCUGGCGUGGUGGUCUGCUGGCGUGGCACAAAUGACAUUGAGUGUUGGUGCUUUGGGGAUGCUGCUUCAGCGAGGGCAUUCCGGUGGUCAGAGCUACGCGAUAUGGUUCUGCCGAUUUGUCGGGACGCAGCUUGGCCUUCCCGGAACCUGCGUGCUCCUAUGGUGGUACUGGCCUGAGGCGCACGGAUUUGUCUUUCAUCCGUUGUCUAUCAUAGUUGUUGGGACCUCUUUGGUUUGUGAUUUGGCGUAUCCGUUUCUGCUGGCGCAUGUUAAAGCUACAGAGAGAAUUCUUCCUGAUGGGACAGUCAUGGCGGGCGAUUCUGAUAUCAAGCCCAAAACGCUGUGA